GAAUCACGACUGCUUCAUGCUCAACGCAACUCUGAAACAAAGUCCAGUGUCGGAGCUCCGGGGCGUCCACAGCCACCGAUCUAGUGUGAGUUGAAAUCCUGAACAACUUUAUUUCGUCGUCUAAUUGAAGUAGUUGAAUGUUGUUUGGGUAAAAUCAGCCUUUCCUGACGUAACGCCGAGGAGAUUUUCUCGCGCUCUCUCUCUCUUUCCUGACAGAAGCGGCUGCUCUCAGUCUGUUGUGCAGGAUGCGACGUCUGCGCAGUCGGUGACAGGAGAGGCUGUGUGUGCGCAGACGCGUGUUCUAAUCGUUUCAUUUCCUAUCUCGUGAAUAGUAGAGGGAAGAAACGCAACCGGUUGCCUGUAUUCUGUGACUUGUUUGCUGAUAUGGUCACAGUUUGGCAACGGCGAAUCAACAAAUGGUUUUAUUCGAAAUGGAGCUCGAGAUUAAGAGGAAGGAAUAUGCUGCGAAAUCAUUUAGGUUGAAAUAUAAACAUAAUCACGCCUCGUUUUCAUGAGCGAAUAGUCUAUCUAGGCAGCGUAAAACCAACUGUAACUAACGUUAGACAUGAUGUAAUCAGCGGUCGGUGUGCGCAUGCGUAAAACGCUGGCCAAAAUGGAGAGCCUGGGGCACUACUGUAACCUUUCCCAUGGUAUUUCUCUGCUGGGUGUCCUCAACGAGCAGCGGUUGAAGGGUCAGCUCUGUGAUGUCGUAUUGUUAGUGGGUGAUCAACAAUACCAGGCCCAUAAAAGCGUCCUUGCAGCAUGCAGUGAAUAUUUCCAGUCUGUGUUCUCCAGAAGGGACGCAGAGAACCACUCCAUUGUUCAGCUUGACUUCUGUGAGCCUGAUGCAUUUGAGAUUGUGCUCAACUACAUCUACUCCUCAUCUCUGUUUGUGGAGAAAUGCAGCCUGGCAGCUAUACAGGAGCUGGGAUAUAGCCUCGGCAUUCCCUUUCUAACCAACAUCAUGUCUGUAAGACCUCAGGCGUCAUACUCUGUGUCAAGGAAACGGAUGUCGCUCUCUGAGGAGGAGGAUGGCGCUUCUCAAAAGAGAAGUGUUAUUGUACAUCAAGGUCAAGGUGAGCAGCCUGGCAUGGAUGUAUUUCAAAGGAAAAGUUCGACUCUUCAGGGAAAACCAUUUAAACAGGCCACAGAGCCACCCUCGCUCACACACGAUUUCAGCAAUCAGAGCCAAUCCUCAGGACACGUCAGACCAAAUGAAAAAGAGUCCAACAGUACCUCCAAAAGCAGAAGUUCACAUAAAAACACAGACGAUGGCGACUGCAGAUCUAUCAUCUCCUCACCAACAUCCAUACUGAGACGUCGAACUGAAUACCGAUCGCAAUCUAUGAGGCCGCAACUAACAUCCUCAGUGUCAUUCAGCGAGUCUGUACAGCAUGCAAGCCUACAAUCAGAUCAAACUGAUGGUGCCAUUGAUGGAAGAAUGGAAGCAUCACAUGAUUCCAGACCAGUGGGAGAACAUCAAGGUCCACGCAACCAAACUGUAGACCGAAGUGGGCCACUUAUUAAAAGUCUGCUGCGCAGAUCAUUGUCGAUGGAUAGUCCAGUUCCCGUUUUUUCUCCAGCUCUGGAGCUAAAGGACUCACAAAGUCGAGAACAGUCCGUGGUCAAGUUAAUUACCACAACAGCAAGGUCACCAUUCCCUGAAAAUGAGGAUCGGGUGUCAAAAGAUAUGCCACUUCUUCUCAGGUCGAGACAGCGAAAUGCAUAUCAGACGGAGGGCACUCAAACGACUCAACUCCGAAUUAAAGCAGAGCCCAGCAGUCCUCUUGCUGACCCCUCUGAAAUAGUUCGCAUUACUGUUGGAGACAACCUGCCGGUGAAUUUCAAAGACUUUCAGGCAAACUAUGAUGAAGGUCCAAGAGGGUACUUCACUGCUUCGAUGAAGAGGAAGACUAAGAUAGAUGGUAGUUAUAUGCCCUUCAAGAGAUCUAGGCCUGUUAAUGAGCAUCAUCUGAUGCAUCAGGAAAGCACAUUUGAUGAGGCACCUUACAAUUCCAACACAGACAAUAGUAAUGAGGAACCUGGAGAACUUCGGCCAAACAAAAUGUUUAAGUGCUGGAACUGUCUGAAGGUUUUCAGGUCCAAUGCAGGUCUGUAUCGCCAUGUGAACAUGUACCACAACCCAGAGAAGCCGUAUGCGUGCGACAUCUGCCACAAACGCUUUCACACAAACUUCAAAGUCUGGACUCACUGCCAAACCCAACACGGCGUGGUUCAAAAUCCCGCACCCUCUUCUAGUUCCUAUUCUGUCCUGGACGAGAAGUUUCAGAGGAAGCUAAUUGAUAUUGUACGAGAGCGGGAGAUAAAGAAGGCCUUGAUUAUGAAGCUCCGGAGAUCUAAGCAAGGCCUGCAGUCACAACCCUUCGUCAGGAAAAACAGGCGAUCGAGGUCCUACGGAUGCCCCUACUGUGGCAAAAUGUUUUUCUUUCAAUCGCACUUAAAACUACAUAUGAAAGGGCACUCCGCUGAGCCGGCUAACCUUGACACAGAUGCCGAGAGAGACCUUGAAUACAAGCAGCAGCAGCAGCAGUUGACACAUCUUAAAGAAAACCAAGAUAAGGACGUCUUUUCUUGCCGGCUCUGCAAUGAGAAACUGCCCUCCUUGACUGAAUUAGAAGACCAUGAGAGAGCUUGCAGGUAUGCUACCGUCUGCCCAUACUGCGGACUUCGAUUCUCCAACACCGUCGUCAAGAAAGACCACGAAGCUCACUGCAAGUACAAGAAGCUGACCUGUCUUGAGUGUAUGCGCACGUUUAAGUCCUCUUUCAGUAUAUGGCGUCAUCAGGUUGAAGUUCACAAUCACAAUAUGAUGAGUGUGAAGGAGCAGUUGACUCUCGGUCUCCAGGAGAGCAAUCAUGACGAAUCAUCCAACAUUCUUGGAGUUCCUCCUUCUUCUCAGGAGUUGAUACGUGACUCCAGAGAAGAAGGAGUGUACAGUGACUCAUCGGUUCCACCCAUGUAUGAUUCUGAAGACUCAUCGUCUUAUGUCCCAGAGGACUUGAGUGCUCACGGUCAAGGGGAGCUGCAGGUCAAAGAGGAACCUCAAGAGGAAGCAGUAUCAGCCAAGGAUGGCAUGAGCACCGCUUCUGUCGGAUCCGAGGAACCGGGCGUUUGGCCUUGUGAGAAGUGUGGGAAGCUUUUCAGUGCCCACAAAGACCUGGAACGACAUCAGGAACUGCUUUGCCACAUCAAACCCUUCAUCUGCCACAUAUGUCACAAAGCAUUCAGGACCAACUUUCGCCUCUGGAGCCACUACCAGUCCCACAUGUCCACAACUGAAGAGCCAGAGAUGAGAGACAUCGACAGGCUUCAGUCUUCUCCGUCUCCUUCUCCACCUCUCACAAUUUCCAUUCCAGAGCCUCCAACUUCUCCACUUAAAGCGACCCAUUCUGGGGUGGAUGCCCCAGGAGAGGAACCCAGAGGCUCCAUGUCACCGUCAACCAAACCCAAGAAGCCAGAGCAGGACAAAACCGGCGACGAUGAGCCUAGAGAACAAUCUCACACCAAGUCCGACAGCACAGAAAAAACGAACACCCCUGAGGAAUCCGACACGCUAUUUUAUCAUGCCCCAACUCUCUCUGCGCUCACCUUUAAACGGCAGUACAUGUGCAAAUUCUGUCACCGGACAUUUAAGACCGCCUUCAGUCUGUGGAGUCACGAGCAGAGCCAUACGUAAGAGCGCAGAGUUGCACAUUUGUAGCCCUAACUAUUAAAGUUGACUAACUUGGACAUUGUCACAUAAUUUACUUUGGGAAACACUUGCAGAUGAAACCCAGGGAUUUAUUAAUAGCAUUUGAUCAUACUUAUUACACAUUAUUUCUAUAAACAGUAUUCAGACAGUCAGAGUUUCCUAAAUGCAUCUUUGAUUGCAUGCCAAGAGUAUCUUAAAACAUACAUUUGUUUUCGAAAGCAUUUCCCUGUAUUAUUUCUAAGUUCACUUAUCAGUGAUCAGGAAAGACUGUUAUAAAUGAAACUGAUUUCUUUCACAUUAGUACUUUCUUUGAUUUACUGCAAACAAAAAAUGAGUGAUUACUUUUUUGGAUUUUUACGUGGAAGACUUACGUACACCUCUGUUGUUUUAGUGGCCUUUAUGCUAUUAUUUAGCACUUUGAAGCAAUUCCAAAAAAACAUUGCUUUCUAUUAAAAGCACAGGCUGGUGUAGAAACGGCAUUAAAAGACAUUAAUUCCCUUUUUACUGGCCUAAAACGAUAGCUUUAAGUUUAUUUAUGCCCAAUUAAAUUUAAGGAAAAAUAAGAAAAAGAGGUUUAAAUAUUAGAUUUUUUUUUCAGCCCUGCUUACGUUGUUAGAGCUAUUAAUCUUAAAUUGUUGCUUUGAUCAUUUAAGAGAAUGAAGAUUACAUCUUUAUUUAAGAUGUUUGAACCAUUUAAAACCAUACCUUAGGUAGACAAUAAUAUUAGAUAUCAAACUAUACAAUAAACUUUGUGAACGUUGAUAGAGGAAAAGCUUUAUAACUUAAUUUCGACAUUGCUAGUUAAGUUGUAUUUUUCAUUUUAAGAGUAUUCUGUUAACGUGCUUUUGCCAGUUAUGUAGACUUACAUGGUAUUUUUGUUUAGAGGUUGUGGAUAAUAUUCAGUGAUUGUAUUGAACAAAUAGAAGGCUUUAUAUGUACAAAAUAGCAGGUUUGGAGUGAUGUUCUUUAAGCAGUUUAGUGUGUGCCUGCAAUGUGGAUCUCUUAAUACUUUUGUUGUACAGGACAUGCAGUAUAUGUGAGAAUUACUUCUCAUAAAUGUGUAGAGAUUUUCACACUGUAUCAGUACUGUAUCAGUACAUUGUCAGCUUUACCAUAGUGUAAGCUCAACUUACCAAAACUCAGUACUCAGUGAUUAAUGAAGUCUUGAUGCAAUGGCGUUGAAUGGUUGGACAUUUCCAAUGUUCAGUGGACCUUUUCAGUGACAGUACGACCCAGAGAAUAUCUUUAUUCUAAAAUAUUAAAGCACAAAAACAGUAAUCUUAUUCCUUGAUAUUUCUUCCUCAUAUUUAGCAAGUGUUUGAAAUAUUAAAUCAAUUAAGUAAAAAGUCUUCUUCCCUUACAUUAGGGGAUUUUGGCUUCACAAGCUUGUGGCCUUUGUUGAGCACAAAAUCUAAAUAUGUUGCUUGCUCUUUGCAUUGUCCAUCAGCUACUGUCAUUUAGUCUAUAUUUUGAUGGAUAAAAUGGUAACACAUUCCUUUUUAACUUAUUGCCCCCUUGCCUAUUACUCAGGAGGAUAGAAGUACCUGCAUUUACUUUUGACCCCAGUAUUACAUGACAUAAUAUGCUUUGUUUUGGGUUAAGAAUCCAACCAUAUUACUAACAGAUCAACAUGCGUCCUGAUGAUGACAAAAUGAUUAUUUCAGGAAUUGAUAAACUUCUUAUUAUGGUUCAUUGAAAGAUUGUAUGACUUUGAAUGAAUAGUGAUGACAGAACAGAACAUUUAAUCCUCAAACCACAUUUUUAUGGUCUUUGUUUGUACAACACAUUCAACAUUUUCUCUGUUUUAUGAAAAGUAUAUCUUUUUUGGUAUUCUUGUGGUAUCACUGCAAUAACUAAUAUUUGUAAGCACUUGAAUUGUUCUAAUGUGGCUUUAAAAACUGUAUCAGUUUUUGUGUUAAAGCAUUUUCUACUGUUUUCUGUGCUUGCUUUCUAAAAUAAAUAUCAAUACUGUGCAA